GGUGAGUAAAUGAUGAAAGAACUUGUUAAGACAGGCAUUUUAUCUCAGUGUUGCUGGAAAUGAUUUGUUCUUGUGCCUACAGAGCAGAACUCCGGUGUACACAACACACUGCCCAGCCGGAACCUCGGUGCAGAACAUGGUUCACUGGGCUCAGGGAGUGAAAACUGAUAAACUGACAGCGUACGAUUAUGGAAAAGCUGGAAAUAUGGCACAUUAUAAUCAGUCGACCCCUCCUGUGUACAACAUACAGGACAUGAUGGUACCCACGGCUCUGUGGUCUGGUGGGCACGACACGUUAGCAGAUCCUCAGGACGUGGCUUUGCUGCUUACACAGAUACCAAAACUGGUGUAUCACCGCAACAUUGAACACUGGGAGCAUCUGGAUUUCAUUUGGGGUUUGGAAGCCCCACAGGAGAUGUACAACAAAAUGAUAGAAAUGAUGAGGGAGCACGUAUGACAAGGACAUUCCGUUUUAACAUCAGGUUUUAUCAGCAGCUUUCGCUUUUAGCAUUAAUUCUAACAUUUUGUCUUGUUUGUAUGUGUCCUCUGAGCAAAAACUAAUGUUCUACCUCUCUGUGCUGUAAGCAAAUUAACUUUUUGUUUUAGGUGCUGGUAACCCAGCCUUAAUUUUUUACGAAUGUUCUUGCAAACCUGUCCGAGCUUUUGAGUUUGUUAGCCAAAUACAGAUUUUUACAGUUGUGAUGAUCAGUUCUCGCCUACUGUGUUGUUAAAGGAAUUUAAAAGGAAAUGCACCUGUUCAUCCUAGCUUGUACUAACCACUACUAGAUAAUCUGGCUGUACUGUACCGUUUUAUGCCCUUGUCAUGCAAUUGAAACGUUUGAUUUUGCUCAUUUGCUUUUACAGAUGGUUAAUAGUUAAAAAAAACUGUAAUGUUUAUAAACCAUGACAAAAAAACCCAAUAAACAUGAAACAGACAUGUAAUAAUAAAUAGCCUAAAGUAGCUUCCAUGGUCCACUUUUUUUGUGAGAUUUAAAC